AAGUGAAAGUUUAUACUCUUGUUUGUACUGUUGCCAAUUGGUAAAAUAUAUUCAAUUUAUGUAAACAAGUAUACAAGUGAACAUUGAAAGUUUUUAUAUACUCUAUUGUCCCGUUAUGUAUCUAAUGUUUCUCAAUCACAUAUGCUAUAGAAAAGUGGUAGAUGUACUUUUUGCAUUAUGGGAGCUGUUUCCAGUGGCCUUAUUCCAGUGGUGCUGCAACACGGAACUUCAUCAUUAUGGUGAUUAUGUGGACCCAAAUGAAACUACAAUCAUUGUUAUGAAUCAUCGUACAAGAGUGGACUGGAAUUAUGUUUGGAUCGCUUUGUAUCAUGCAACACAGAAGCCAUAUAAAAAUGUUGAGUGCAUCUGCAAAGGGAAAUUUAUUGACAAACCUCCAGAUGUUAAAUCAGACAUUUUAGACGUAAUGGCUAGAGGGAAAUCAAAGAUUAAAUUUGUUUUAAAAGACGAAAUCAAAUCUAUUCCAGGAAUGGGUUGGAUUAUGCAAUUAAACUACUUCCUCUACGUGAAGAGGAACUGGCAAGAGGAUCAAGUGAACAUGUCUCAGUUCGUGGAUUACUACAAAAGGCUGCGAUACCAGCAGCGCGUGGUGUUGUUUCCUGAAGGCACGGAUUUAAGUGACGACAAUAAACGGAAGAGUCAGAAAUAUGCACUUUCGAAAAAAUUACCGAAUUACGAAUACGUGCUGCAUCCGCGUACAACUGGGUGGGCGGUGCUUUGUUCUCGUAUGAGGAGUGCUGGCCUGGUUUCGGUUUAUGAUGUCACAGUGGCUUACGACACACCAGCUCAAACCGAACUGGACUUAUUGAGAGGAAAUUUGCCUAAACACGUGCAUUUCCAUUUCAAACGACACCCUAUCGAGGAUUUACCCUGUGAAGAGGAUGAAUUAAGAAUUUGGCUUCAAGAUCGAUGGAAGGAGAAAAAUAUUAGCCUUGAGAGAUUUCACAGAGAGGGUACUUUCAUUGAUUUCGUGUCGAAGAACCCUCCUAAGAAGAAUGAAUCCAAAUCGCUGCAUAUGGCAAAAUUAGCGUUUAUUUUCUGGACAAUUAUUGAUAUUUCAUUUCUUUACUUUAUUUUAUUCAGUGUUUUAUUUAAGUUUUGGGUUAUUUAUCAUACCUUGCUUUUCCUUUUUGUAACGAAAUAUUUUGGCGGCUUUCAUAAUAUUCAAUAUAGAAUCUUGGAUAAGGUAAAUUUUUAUGAAAAGCUUUUUUGAAUCUUUUUAAUAGAUACUGUUCUGAAGAUACAUAGAAUACUAUAGAAAACUCGUCCAAUUUUAUACUUAUUUCUAAUGCAGCAGAUAAAAAAGACAGUUUUCGUAAAAUUACUUUAUUCAUAUUAAGACGCAUAUGGUACGCAGGUUUUUCAUGACUUAAAUUGUGUGGUUUAAUAGUAUUUAUUACGUUAUAUUUUAUUGCCUACACAAUAGUUCAUACGUAAAUACUAGUAUAAUAAACAGUAAACUGUACCUACUAUAAAACAAAAAAAAGA